UCGUGUGGCCAUAUGUGAUACCACACAUGUCUGUAUGAAGAACCUUCUUGCGUGCGCGCCUUGAGAGACAGUCGGACAAACUUGCGCACUUCCUUAGCUUUGGCCAGGUCGCAUUCGGCCGCUUUUAACCCUCUUACAGGCAUGUUGGCACAACAUCAGACCGUUCGUCUUCAUACUUACCGUGGACUAGCGUGCACUUGAAAAACAAUAGUAUAUAUAGUAUAUAGACAAGUAUGUGAGUUCAGAUACACGUUUAAUUGGACAAUUUAACCAGGCGCUAACCAGCUAAUCAGCUGCAAGAACAGCAUAGUAGCCUAACUGGAGCCCUGCUUACACAUUUCCCACGGCUAUGCCAGCUGACACCUGAUGGACUUCACCGGCCGGCUGGCAUGUGGGACAUUCCCAUAUGUCUUGAUGUUGUGCAAUCAAGUCAAGUCUCUAAUGUGCGCGUAGCCUAUAAGACGUGCAUGUAGCCUAUGGAUUUCUGACGGGAAGACAGGUGAUUUGCCAUGUAACUUAGAGGUAAGAUGCAACCAUUAAGGUAAGUCAUUGUAAACCAUAUGUCACUUUAAGUAAACCAUCGACCCGUGCGUUCAAUUGUCAAAGCGAUUGAUAGCCUACUGUACAACGGGAUUUAGUCCUUGCACAUGCCACGUUUUGUUUGCAUUUGGGUAGAUGCAUCACAAUAUUCAAGAACUUAGUUCCUUGAUUAGCGAUCAGACAUUGGACCCAAUAACAACAUGUAGCGUAGCCCAGGCCCUAGGCCAAUCACAUUAAUCAUACUAGCCUAUAUUAUAAGAACAAUAGGCCUAUUAUGUAUUAUGUAUUAACAUAUAUUAUUAUAUAGACUAUUAUAGGAGUAGGCAUAUGGUAUAGUGCAGUGGUGACUUUAAAUUUAACCCAACAGGGCGUCCUUCACGAUAAGAAUAGUUCUUUAUUUUUUAGAAAAGAGGAAAUCAGUAGGCUAUCGAUGUGACGUUCUCAAGGGGAUGUCAGUCAUUCCACGUCCAUCUGUCUCAUCGCCUUUUCUCAGUAAUUGUACGCGUCAUCUGUUGAGAAAUUUUGGGAGAAUCAUCCAAUCAGACGUAGCCUAAUGCUCUCGCGCUGUUAAAAGUUCACAAGCUUGUUUGAUUGUCCUGUGGGUGUGUACUGUGUAACGACGGCAGGAGACAUUGACAUUUACCAAAAACACCUUCAGUUUCAACUGGAUUUUCAACUGGCCCCAGUCAUCAGAUCAACGGGUCGGGUAUAAUUAUUGUCUGUGACAGGGUCCCUCCUGUCUGAUGGUCUUUUCAAUUCCGCGUGUCAGUGUCUUACGGUGACGGGUCACGACUGUCCCAUCAUCAUCAUCAUCAUCAUCAUCUGCUUCUUCUUCUUCCUCAUCUUCACCACCACCACCAACAGCAACAUCAGCUUAAUCGUCAUCAUCUUCCUCUUCAUCACAGCUUCAUCUCCAUCAUCAUGGCCCCUCAUCCUGUGGUUCAGGCCAUCAUCGACCUCUCAGCAGGAGCAGCAGGUGGCACGGCCUGCGUGUUCAGCGGGCAGCCAUUCGACACGGCCAAGGUGAAGAUGCAGACCUUCCCUGGCAUGUACCGCGGCUUCCUGCACUGCUUUACUGCCACCUACCAGCAGGUGGGGCUGCGGGGCCUGUACCAGGGCACCACUCCGGCCCUCAUUGCCAACAUCGCUGAGAACGCUGUGCUCUUCAUGAGCUAUGGUUUCUGCCAAGACGUGGUGCGCCUCCUGUCCGGAGUCUCCAGGGGAACAGAGCUCAGUGAUAUCCAGAAGGCGAGUGCUGGGUCAGUGGCGUCCAUCUUCUCCUCGUUGGUGCUGUGCCCCACAGAGCUGGUCAAGUGCAGGCUGCAGGCCAUGCAUGAGAUGGAGGCCUCAGGCAAGAUCGCCAGCGGGCAAGGGAGCUCCAGCGUGUGGUCUGUGGUUCGGAACGUGAUCCGUACGGACGGGCCGCUGGGCCUCUACCAGGGUCUGACCACCACCAUGGUCCGCGAGCUGCCCGGAUACUUCUGCUUCUUCGGAGGCUACGAGCUCAGCCGCUCCACAUUCGCACGCUACAUGGGCACCGAGAAAGAUGACAUCGGUGUGCUUGCUCUAAUGUUCAGCGGAGGGUUCGGCGGGGCUUGCCUCUGGCUAAUGGUGUACCCCAUCGACUGUGUCAAGUCCCGCAUCCAGGUGCUUUCCAUGGCGGGCCGCCAGGCUGGCUUCCUCAAGACCUUCAUGGGCAUCGUGCGAAACGAAGGAGUGGCACCACUCUACUCCGGCCUCACCCCCACCAUGAUCCGGACCUUCCCUGCCAAUGGAGCUCUGUUCCUGGCAUACGAGCUCAGCCGCAAGGCCAUGAUGAGGCAGUUUGACAGCUGAGGACGACCUCCACUCCAACCUGAUCUGAGACAGCCCCUCCAGCCACCCUCCCUGGGCCCCCAGCACCUCAACCGGGGCCCCUGUCGCCUUCCCUGACCUCUCAUGUAAUUACAUACAUUUAAAGUAAAGUGUGCCAGAAAGCAUAGCAUGACCUUUACUUAAAGAUAGUGUGAUAAAAUUACAUGGAAUGCUUGUCUUGUUGUAAAUAUUAAAUAACUAAGUCUAGUCUUAAAUAACAUUAAGUUUAGGUUGGGUUAAUCAGAGGUGUGUAUUUCAUGAUGCAGGCUUUCUUACCUAGGUACAGUAUGUACUGUAUGGACACUGUGCAAGUGGUAAACACAAGUUGAAUUCACUGGGUGAGUCCCUAGACCGCCACACCUGGUCAACAACGAGAGUGCCAUCCAGCUCCUUGUCUGUUGUUUCCUUAGUAGACUGCGCUGGACUUCUUAUCUACUGCACUAAUGGGAGGAUCAGUUGCACGUCUCUGACUGGAAGUGUGUAAAGGAGGCGUGUAUGUCUAUCUAUCUGGAAUAGGUUUUCAUCCAUAACAAACUAUAAACUUCGAUGCUCUAGUCUAUACUUCUUCCUUUUUUUCUUUCUUUCUUUCGUUCUUUCUUUCUUUCUUUCUUUCUUUCUUUCUUUCUUUCUUUCUUUCUUUCUUUCUUUCUUUCUUUCUUUCUGUCAACUGUGAUCUCCUUUUAAAUGUGCCAUGUGUAAAAGCGACCACUCUCAACCCCUCUGGAACAUACAGUAUGUAUGGGAUAUACAGUGUCUAAUAUUUGUCUGAGAGAGAGAGAGAUUGAUUGAAGUAUGAUUGAAAUAUGUAUGUAUAUUUUUGUAUACUUUUAGCAUUAAAAAUUGAAUACCAACUUAACAGCCCUGUUGAGGAAUUACUUUUUUUCAUAUCAUCCUCAAUUUUUUCCCUGAAAUGUUGUCUUGUUGUACUUUUCCAUAUUCCACUUUAAUGUAAUCCAACACCAUACAGACACACAAUGCCAGGAACUGAUUUAGUCAGCAUUAUCAUGGAGCCCAUGUGGGCAACAGCAAAUUACGGCGUUGUCAGGACUUUUAUAAAAAUAUAUUUUUGGUUUUCAAUAAUUGAAU